AUGGCCGCCAGUCAAGAUGAGUUGGACAUGGAAGCCUUUCAGAGACUCUCUGAUACGUAUCAGCCAGAUGUGCAGGGACCUCUCGUUCGCGACAAACUACCAAUACAAACAUUGAUCAAUGAAUUCAACAAUGCAGAUCCCGCCUACGUUACGAAAACUGUGGCGCUAGCUUCUUCUUACUCGCAGUACCGGCCUAUCAAAGGCGAUGGGCAGUGCGGAUGGAGAGCUGUCGUAUUUGGUUACUUCGAAUGCCUGUCAUCACAAGAUGUCGUCAAAAUCGCGUCAGAACAAGCAAGGCUUCGAAGCUUCAACGAAACGAUUGUUGCUGUUGGACAUGAAGCCACCAUGGUCGAGUGCUUCAUUGACGAGACAAUGAAGCUGUUCGACUCACUACGCCAAACCAUCCAGUCUGGUGGGGAAAGCGAUCAGCUAUUGUUGGAUGUCUUCAACGACGGAAACCGGUCGAACUCAAUAGUAUUUCAUUUCAAGGUCUGUGAUCCACUGUUGGGCAAGAAGGUGGUGGUAGUUUCUAACGGACAGCAGCUCUUGACCAGCACCACCAUGAAAAUGAAUCCUGAUCGAUAUCAAGAAUACCUAGUAGAGCAGCCUUUGUAUGAGUAUUGUGCGUCGAAUGUCGAUGCAUACGAGAGAGAAAUAGAACAGAUCAGCCUUCAGGCUUUGACAGAUGGCGUCAUUGCUCCAGCCAACAUGAACGUUAUUGUGAUGUAUCUCGAUCGCAGUAAAGGCAAUGAGGUCACCCAGCAUCAGCUUGUAGGCAAAGCAGGUCCAGAUUGGCCUGCUAUCACUCUUCUCUAUCGACCGGGCCACUACGACAUGAUCUACAAGUCUGCACCGAUUCGGGCUCAUCGUGUGGAAAUCAGCACAGGACAGGAUAGCUUUCUUCCCACAAGCGGCUUCUCGACCAGACUCUCUGACCUCCGCGUUCUCUCACACUUCAACGAAAACCAAUCAAUGAUGCACCAAUAUCACGGUGAUAACUACCCUACGUCUUCUGGGUCUAUGGACAUGUCUUUUGCGCGUUUCUUCCCUCCACCCAUUGCUCAAGCAACCAUGGCAGAGCAGCAAGCGGCUUCAAGCGCAGCACUAGCGUCGUCCACUGCCAGCUACGAUGCGUCUUAUAUGCAUUCUGGUGUGUCUGCUGAAGCAUUUGGGACAACUACCAAUCAAUAUGGAGUCUCGGCACCCGAAGACGGAUAUGGAGCAUUCAAUGGUGCAUGGUCUACUCCACCACCAUGUUAUCACCCGCCAAUGCUUCUGCCACCCCAGUAUUAUGCUCCACCUGCCGCAACCUCCCCCAUUUCGCCCCCAUCGCCGGGACCAAGUCCGAGAAAGCAGGAGCUUCAGAUUCGAAUGAGUCAACCAUGCUAUGAGAUGGGUCAGCAUCAUCAUGAGAUUCUCCCUUUGGAGACGGGUCCUUUCAAGAAUUCCCCAUUCAACAGGGGUCACUUUCUCAAUCCCGACUUUCAACCUCUUAUGUGGAACGCCGAUGAUGACUAUGUUUGA